AUGGACAGGUCAUAUACAGAAGCAAAGAGCAUCUUAGAUCGCAUCUCACAAAAUUCAGUUGAAUGGUUAGACACCGGGCUUGAGGAAAGAGGUUUGGAGCAAGAAAGAGUAGAAGGUGUCGUUGUACCAACUGAUGCAAUGAGCACCCUGGUGGAUCAGAUGACCACAAUGACCUCACUUCUUCAGACUAUGGCUAAUCAGCAAAGACAUCUCUCUAGAGGAUCAGCGCAAGUCAAUGCGUUGACACACGUGGUCGCAAUGAAUUGCGUUCAAUGUGGAGAGGGACAUCCAGUAGAAGUCUACCUGUGGAAACAACAAUCUGUAUACUCUGUCUACUAUGAACCUACCUCGUCUUUGGAGCCGUCAUUGAAACAUUAUAUAAAGAAGAGCGAGGCAAUUAGACAAUCACAGGCUUCCUCCCUUAGAGAUUUGGAAGAGCAGAUUGAACAGCUUGUGAUUGAGUUGAAGAAUAAAGUGCCUGGUACACUGCCUAGCAGUUCAGAAGCAUCGGGGCCACGUUGUAAAGAGCAAUGUCAAGCAGUGACAUUGAGAAGUGGUAAAACAAUAGUUCCUGUGCCACCAGUACCAGAUUCAACAACAAGACCAGUAGAUCUAACUGUCAAUGAUGGCCAAUCAACCAGUAAUGACAAAAUUAUCAGUUCAGAAAACAAAAUCCCCACCAAAAUGAAAGAUCCUGGGAGUUUUACAUUGUCGUACUCAAUAGGAAGGAAGAAGGUCGGAAAUGCGCUGUGCGAUUUAAGGGCGAGUAUAAACUUAAUGCCCGUGUCGAUCUUCAAGAAGCUCAAUAUCAGCAAUGCAAGACCAACCACAAUUACAUUACAGAUGGCUGAUAGAUCGAUAACGUAUCCUGAGGGGCGAGCACUGAUCGAUGUACAAAAAGAAGAACUGACCAUCAGGGUUGACGAUCAGCAAGUGAAGUUCAACGUUCUCAGUGCGUUGAAAUACCCGAGUGAUAUGGAGAAUUGUCAAUAUGUUGAGGAAUUGUUGGAAGAACCUUGGCACAAACCCCUAGAAGAGUUGGAGGAAGAAGAUUAUGGAAUCGGCGCAAUGAGGGAGGAGGAUUGCGCCACAAUAAAAGUUGAAUCAAAUUUUGAAACACUCAUGUUAUCUGAACGAACAUCGCAACACACCAAGCCAUCCGUGGAAGAACCACCUGUGUUAAAGUUGAAGUCAUUGCCUGUGCACCUCAAAUACGCUUACUUAGGAGGUAAUAACACUUUACCAGUUAUUAUAUCUGCCUCACUGAGUAAAGAGAAGAAGGAUGCACUCAUUCAGAUCCUAAAAAACAAUGCAAAGGCUUUAGGAUGGACUUUGGAAGACAUUCGAGGAAUCAGUCCCUCGUAUUGCAUGCAAAGGAUUUGUCUGAAAGAAGGAAAAACGAGAUCGAUAGAAAGGCAAUGUCGUUUGAACCCUACCAUGAGGGAGGUUAUGAAGAAAGAAAUAGUGAAGUGGCUGGAUGCAGGCGUCAUUUACCCUAUAUCAGAGAGCUGCUGGGUGAGCCCAGUGCAGUGCGUUCCAAAGAAAGGGGGAAUGAAAGUCGUCACUAAUGACAAGAAUGAAUUAAUUCCCACAAGGACAACUACAGGGUGGAGAAUCUGGAACAACCAAAUUGCAAUUGCGCUGGAGGAUCAAGAUAAGACAACCUUCACGUGCCCAUUUGGCACGUUUGCAUUCUGUCGCAUGCCGUUUGGACUCUGCAAUGCGCCAUGUACUUUCCAACGAUGUAUGAUGGCGAUAUUUUCAGAUUUCUUGGAGGUGUCAAUCGAGAUCGCAAGGCCCCUAAGCGCACUCCUUGAAGCUUACCACGAAUAUGAUUUUGAUGAUGCGUGCACUGUAGCAUUCCACACUCUGAAGAAUGCGUUCAUCACUGCACCCAUUUUGAUUGCGCCGGAUUGGACGCAACCAUUUGCGUUGAUGUGUGAUGCUAGCGAAUAUGCAGUGGGCACAGUUUUGAGUCUGUGCAAGGACAAGGUAUUGCAUCAUAUCUAUUACGCUAGUAAAAUUUUGAAUGAUGUGCAAGAGAAUCAUACAACCAUAGAAAAAGAAAUGCUCGCAGUGGUAUUUGCACUGGAGAAAUUCCGACAGUACUUAAUCGAGUUUGACCUAGAAAUCAAAGAUAGGAAGGGCACCAAGAACCAAGUCGUGGAUCAUCUGUCAAGAUUGCAAAAUUGCGAGGUUCAGGAGAAAGAAAAAGACAUUGAAGAAAGAUUCCCUUAUGAGCUGCUGAUAUCGGUAGGCAUUAAUGUUCCCUGGUAUUCAAACAUUGUGAACUUCAUCGUUUGCGGCCAAGUACCAGAGGUUUAUACUUACCAACAGAAGAAGAAGCUGAGACAUGAUGUCAAGUUUUAUUUCUGGGACAACCCCUUUCUGUAUCGACUUGAACCUGAUCAUAUUUUACGUCGAUGCGUCCCUGAGCAUGAAGUCAAGUACAUUCUGGAGCUUUGCCAUGAUUUCCCUUAUGGAGGACAUUUUGGGGGGCAGCGGACCGCCGCGAAGGUCCUACAGAGUGGCUAUUUUUGGCCAACACUGUUUAAGGAGCUUUCCUAA